CAUAUUUGGACUGUUGUCAUCUUUGUGCUCAGUUUUUUAUCAUCCUGGGGUCCUAAGAUUUGCUUUUAAAGGUUUAAGUGAUGAACAUUAGUGGGUAUAAACUCGUCUUUCCCCUUGGCUAAAGGCCGAACGAUGACCUGAACUCUUAGCGUGAUGCCAGAGAGUUUCGUCAACCAUGUUGGCUCCACAGUUUCUCAAUGACUCUGUUGUUUCUGUUGCCACGUUGCUGCAGGUCCUGGACCGGGUCCGAUGCCAGAGCCGUGACUCACCUGAACUGCAGCUCCAUUUGUUUCCCACCUUAAUAGCAGGUGACGUGAGUUUAGCUGAACCUCUGCUGAUUCCUGACCCUCACAGCGCACCGUACGUCACUUUAGUUAUUUCCACGAACACCCACAAACUCAGCAGCAAAGAGUUCACUCAGGCUUCAGGAAACGAUAGCAGUGGGACGUGGUAGACGACAGAAACCCACAAAUGAUUAAAGGUAGUAGCUGUCAGAUGUAUUAUUAAUGAUAAUAGCUGUUGGUUACAGCCGUACAGAUCUCCUGUGAUGGAAUAAUGAUAGCAAAUAUUCAGAGGUCUUCAUGGAUCGGAGAAAAGACCCUAAGGAACCGAGAAAACCUGGGUUUUUCUGCAUAGAUGUAGCACAAACUGAGACUAAAAACUAAACAUUUAAAUCCUCUCUGGAUGUGUUGAACCCCAGAAACCCACCGGGAGGUUUGAGAGGCAUGUUUUCUUUUUAAAAAAUCACAAAAUGUCACCAUUUCCCACCUAAAAACUGUAGAUACGACAGGAAUCAUUGGACUUGAACCUUUCUGACGAUGCUUUAAGCUGCAACGUCCAUCAGGAAAAAGAACUAAAUCUGAACCUUAAAAUGUGAUAUUUCAUCAAAAUCCAUUUAUUCAACACAUCUCAUUGAAAAACACUCCAAGAUUAUGAUAAAUAAUAAAUGCUUAAUGGUUCAGAAACAGUGAACAGAGCAGCAAGUUGUUGGAGGUACAUUCAGCAUGGUGAAACAUCUUUCUACUGGUGAUGAGCAGAGACUCAAAACUGGACUAAAACUUGCACAAAAUUACUCAAAUUGUCCAAAAUUACUCAAAAAUGGCAAUUUUUAAUAAGUUUUUAUUCAUUUUAAACUAGUUUCAGAUCAUUUCAGACAGUUUUAAGUAAUUUUGGACCAUUUUUUGUUGUUUUCAGACAAUUUACUGUUACUUUGCACACAUUUCAAAUCAUGUUUGCACAAUUAUUCAGCUGAAAGAAGAAUAAAACAGGAGCAAGGAGUUCGUUACAACUCAAAAAUGCUCAUUUUGAACACAUUCUGAGCUAGUUUUAAGUUAUUGUGGACCAUUUCUUUGUAAUAAUUUGGACAUUUUUUGUUACUUUGGGCCAAUUUUGGAAAAUUUUAUGUUCCUUUGCACAUAUUUAAGGUUAUUUUAGACACAUUUUGAGUCAUUUCAACAAGUUUAAAGUAAUUUUGAGCAGUUUUCGAGUUAUUUUGGAGUCAGUUUGGACAAUUCUGUGUUACUUUGGACAAGUUUCAAGUUAUUUUGGACAAAUUAAGAGGAAAAUCAAAGCUACUGAAUAAAAUAAAUUCAGCUCGGCUCAGAAACAGUGAACAGAGCAGCAAGUUGUUGGAGAUACAUUCAGCAUGGUGAAACAUCUUUCUACUGGUGAUGAGCAGAGCAGAGAGGAAAGGUUUUAUUGUUUUAGGCGCCGUAAAUGUGGAAAUCUGGAUGUUUUUCUAGUGGUGAUAACAUCUGUGGACACUUGGAAAAACAUCCGACAUGUUUUUAUUUCCAUUCCUGACAUUUCUGAGUUCUCUCUAAUUCUUCGUUUUGUUUCCAUCGAGGUGCUGGACUUUAGAUUUUAGAGAAAAAUGAGCCACAGUGAAGAAAAACAAGACUUCAGAGGGUUAAAUCUGUUCAUUGACGGUAAAUCCGUAGGGUGAAUGUAAAGUCUUUGGUAGGACCUGGACCAAGCCUGUGCUUCUUGAAUCCGAGUCUCCGUGGCAACCGGGAGGAAGGUGACAUCACCGGAGGUCGUCUCUAAUUGGAGGCCGAGCGGUUUCCGUCAUUAUUAGCGUGUUAGCGUCAUUAGCGUUAUUAACCCAGGUGUGUUUUCUCAAUGAUCCAAUCCCCCGUCCUGGGAUGGACCCGGAGGUCGCCGGGGGCCCCGUCGCCGUGGGAGGAGGGCCCCGUCACCGCGGCAACGGCAACACAAAGAAGACGGAGCUCACAUGUAGAACCGAUGGGACAGCUGCUGGUCCUCGGGUUAAUGUCGGCUAACGAGCUUCAGUCAGAGAGCAGCAGCUUCCUGAGUUUAGAGGAACCACAAAAAGAAAAAUAAAAGUUUGAAAUCAUCGACUGGAUCCAGAAAACAAGAAUCUGAGGUGUUGGAAUUAUUAUUAAUCAAACUGAUGGAUUCAAUGGACUUUCAGUCUGAAGAAACUCUGAAUCCAGCUUCAACUAAACACGUUUAAAAGUCUUAAAGUUCAUUUCAAAACAUCUGAAAUGUUUGUUCUCCAACACACACAUCAGUUCAUCGACUCACAACAGGAAGAUAUUUACACAAAUAAUCACCAAACAUUCAGUUUUCUGUCCUCUAGACGUGUUUGCAUCACUUUGUGGUUGUUUUCUGUCUUUGUGGCUGUUUUAUUGCAUUGCUUUGUGUCUUUUUGCAGUUGUUUUGUCUCGGUAAUAGCUUUUCUGUCAUUUUAUAUUUGUGUUGACGUUUUUUGUCUUUGUGACUGUUUUGUGUUGGACUGGUUUGUGUUACGGGGAGAUUUUUCAUCCCUUUUUAGAAGUUCUUCAGUAGUUUUUUUUAACUUUGUGGUGGUUUUGUAUCUGUUUGCAGUCGUUUUGUUGUUGUUUUGUGUGUCUUUGCAGUUGUUGUGUCUCUGUAAUAGCUUUUCGGUCAUUUUAGAGUUGUGUUGAUGUUGUUUUGUGUCUUUGUGGCCGUUUUGUGUUGGAUUGUCAUUGUUUUGGUGACAUUUUUGCAUUACUCUGUUGUCAUUUUGCGGUUGUUUUUUAUUUUUGUGGUGGUUUUGCAUCAGUUUUCAGUCAUUUUGUGUUUUACUUUGCGUCUCUUUGCAUUCAUUGUGAGGUUGUUUGUGUCUUUGUGGACAUUUUGUUUUGUUUUCUGGUUGUUUUGUGUUUAAUUGUAGUUGUUUUGGUGACAUUUUGCAUCAUUUUACAGUUGUUUUUUGUGUUUUUGUGGUAGUUUUGUGUCUCUUUUCCAUCAUUGUGCAGUUGUUUUGUCUCUGUAGUCAUUUUGUCAUCAUCGUGAAGUCGUGUGUUUUUGUGAUCUUUUUCUUUGGGCCUCUUCAGUAUUUAAUCCUUAUUUUUAGGUCAUUCCACUUGAAUAAUUCCAUUUCUCAGAGUUAUUCUUUAAGUUUUUGAUGGUAUUUUAUCUGAAAGCUCUGGACGUGUGGAGAGUUUCUGUUUGUGUUUCCGACGGUGUUUGUGUUAAAACCUGAGCCGCAGCUCGUCUCCUGGGAGCCUUCGUUAACAGGUAAUCACCUGAUGACCCGGCAGAGGGCGUGAUGUCAUCGCAGCGGAGGCCUCCGAUUGGACGGCGGAUUCCCGGCAGCAGCUAUAAAACCUGAUGUGAGGCCAGAAGAAGACAAACAGAGACGAGGUCCAGCUCCCAGCCGAGAUGUCGUCCUGCAGCUGUUUGUUGUUCUGCUUCCUGCUGAGCUUCAUCGCCGUCCUGCACGGCAGUGACCAGCAUGUAGACCGGCCCCUGCCGAGGCCCCGCCCUAGAGGGGUGAAGGUGGGGGAGGAGCUGACGGCGAAGCUGCUCCGAUUGGACGACCUGGUGAGGAUGGAGAACGACGUCAUGGAGCCCAAGAGGAAGAGGAGUUUCCCCGGCAACAACGCACCACUGGACCGCCUGUCGGUCAGCUCCAUGGAAACCAAACAGACGACAAACAAGCAGAGUAAAGUUGUGGAGUUGCCGCGGCGACGAUCCAACCCGCCUCCCAUCGACAGGAUCGGUAUGAGCCGCCUACCGAACAGCCGAGGAUAGGCCACGCCCCCUCCUCUGAGAGCCCACCCCUCUGGACAGAGGAAUCACAGAUGCAUGAACCACAGCCAAUCACCUGCUGAGCCACGCCCACCACCUCACCUGAACACGCCCACCUCUCCGAAAUGAAUGUUUAUGGACAGUGCAUUCAGGUGCAGCUCGGUUAUUUUAGCAUGUAGAAGUCCGGACCAAAGCUUGUUGAGUUUGUUUGAGUCUUAAGUUGACAGCAGCCGAUGAUUCUGAUCAGCUGAUUGAUUGAUUGAUUCUGAUCAGCAGCUGAGCUUUAAAUCAACCUGUUUAGUUUUAGUUUUAAUCUGAAGUCUAAAAACUCAACGACACCCCCUGAAGGGCUCAGUGAGAACGUCUCCAGGACCAGUUUGUCGGUGAGGGUUUUAGAGAAAUAAAACACGACGUAUUUGUUUAACUGCUGUCUGAACCUGCAGCGUUUCCAUGACGACCUGUUUCAUUAACAGAAGACUAAUUUUUAUAAAUCAGGACGGUCAGGGAAGUUUGAUUUAUUUUAGCUGCUCAGCAGCAAAAUACCAACAAACAUGGCCACCACUGUGGCAUAUUUCAAAAUAAAAGCAGAUAAAUAGACAAAAAUUACUACAAGUCUGGUCAUAUUGAAGUAAAACAAACCAGUAGAUCUCCAUUUGUACCUACUGCUCUAUUUAACUACUAGUCUAUUUACUGACUACCUACUAGUUGACUGACUAGUUUACCUCCUAGUUCCCCUACUUGUUUACCUACUAGUCUAUUUACUGAUUUACUGGUAGGUAGACUCUACCUACUGGUUAGUCUACCUACCUACUAGUCUUUUUACUGACUAGUCUGUUACCAACUAUUGCUCUUCUGCUCUGUGCAGGUUGUGAAGUUAAAAAUGAGACUGAAAACAGAAUCAGAAAUGAGAAACUGUCCUGAUUCUGUCACUAAAACAUGAGUUUCAUUAAUCAUAACUCUGGACUCCAGCAGCAGAUUUCUGUUUUAUUGAUUAUUAAUCUGUCAGAGAAACGCUACAGGUUCAGACGCUAACAUCUGGAUGGUCACAACAGACUGAACAGCUGGAUCCUGUCAGAGAUCAGGAUUUAAAUCAGCAGUAAACUGGAUUAACUGUUCACAUGGAGCAGAAGGAAAAUACUGCAUUGCAGGUAAAAGUACUCAUUCUGCAGUAUAAAUACACAAUCAGCCUGACUGAUCAGUAAACAGACGGAUUAGUUGACAUUUCUGAUUGAGUACUUUUACAGAAUAUUAUAGUACUUUUUAAGAGGGGUUCCUGUAUAACGAUGUUUUUCACUGAUAUCUAAAAAAGCAAAGUGUUGCAUUUUACAGAAUCAGCUUCAAACAUCUCUUUAGAACAAACUAGUUUUAGUUUCGUCACCUGAAUGCGCCGUCCCGCCUCCUGCUGUGACUCGACUGGAGGCGUCGUCGCCUCGACUCGAACCUCUGACAUGACUCGAGUUUCCUUCUCAUAGUUUUUGUUGUUUUUUUUUUUUUAUCUCAGCAGGAUGACGGUUUCCACUGCAGCGCUGUGUCUCCAUAGCAACAAACAGCGACACCAUGUGACAGGAAACAGACGUUUGACUCCAAUUUAGUCGGUUUUCUUCGACUGAUAGUGACCUAGAGCCAAUAUGAAUAAAAUCUAAUCAAUACGAGGUAAUGGAAUAAUUUAAAACACCUCAAACCACAAUUCAACAUUUCUAACUAACCGUUUCAGAUGUGCAGUUGGGGGAUUUUUAAGUCAAUUCCAGUUCAAGAAUCAAAUUAAAUGUUGAGUUAUUCCUUUAAAAACACAUCAGACUUUCUGAAUCUGUCCUACAGAAACCCUGAGAUUAAAUACGUCUCCUCUAACGCCGAGUUAAAUCACUUGAUGUUGUUUUUCUGCUCUGGCAGCUCUCAGCUGAACCAUAAACCUGAUUUAGGACCAGCAGCAGUGGAAACCGCCUCCUACUGACGCUGUUUUAAAGCUUCUUUCUGCCUCCGUUUAACUGAGCUUUAAUAAAGACUAAAUGACCAAAUG